AUGCAGCUUAGCUGCUAUAGAAUGCAUAUGCUCAGUUCAUUAAAUCUGUUUGUGAUGUGUGUUUUUAAUCUCAAAGGUAGAACUACUUUCUGGGGUCCAAACACUGUGGAUAGUACAGUGUUGCUAACAUUCUCAUUAUUGCCAUUGUAUGUACAUUCAUGCGCAGAGAUGAAGCAAAGGCAAGCCAAUCUAAAGAUUUGCACCAAAAGCAGAUGUCAGUAUUUUGCGGCUAAGGAAGGAGCAUGUGAAAGCUUCCUGGGUAUAUGUACCAUUUUGAGACUCAAUCUGCUCUUCAUGUAUCAAACUAUAUUGUUAAUGUAG